CUAACCAACUUGCCGUAGGUAAGUGGCCGAAGACAAUGGAUCACUCAGUUCCGGCGAACUCCGAGUAUUUGAAGAGGACGGACAGAGCAUGGGACACCAGAAAGGAUGCUGCGGCUCGUAGCGAUACUUGGAGUGGCCUCUGGCCUGAGGCUCAUCACGAGGAGCAUGAUCCGGACUCCGGGCGACCGCGGGCUGCCGGUGGAGUACCAACCGGUGCCGCUGCGGACCAAGGAGGAACCGCAGUUCAUGGCGAGGUCACUGGAGGUCACCGCUGUACCGACCUCCUUCUUCCAAGAGACCACCACGCCCACCUACGAAGACCAAGAGACCACCGCACCGACCUCUGUGGACCAUCAGGUGCCGGCGAGGAGGAAGACCACCAUCCUCUACCCGGUCGCUGGGCUAUGGCAGGAAAGGCAGCUCCUGGAGCCGGAUAUCUGGGGAAUCAUCCGCACCGCCUACUACUGCCUCUUCUCAGGAUUGGAUUGUUUUUCCAACAGAGUCUUCCCCUUGGUCAAGUCUUUCAUCGGAUAUCAGCCACACUACCCAUACCCUCGAUCUGUCCAAUUAGAUGGAGACAGACCCCAGCUCAUGACGAACCUGAUGAAGGAGUUGCUGAUUGGACUGGCAUUGGUGAGCUUGCCCUGGGUUGGAGGAAUGGGCCUCGCAACAGGGAGGGCCUUGGCCUCAGGCAUACUCGGCCUUGCAGCUAAUGCGACUAACUAUUACAUGUAACUCACAACCAGAAGUUCACUUAUUUAUUAUCUAACUUACAUCUGUAAAUAUUGUAAAUAUACAUAAACAGUU